UUCAAACCCAUUCAAUCACUUCAAAUCAACAUCGAUUACCAUUCAGAAAUCAUCAAACAUCAAUCAUCAAUACCAAUUCAUCAAAAUACCAAUCCAACCCAUCAUCAUGUCAGCUACUUAUGCGAUUUAUACUUCACCUACUCAUAAACCCAUUCCAGAUCAUUUACCUACUUUAAUCAUCACUCCACUUGGAAAACCUCAUCAAAUCUUAUAUACUUAUCUACACACAAACUAUAAUCGAGAAAACUAUUUACUUACUCCAUCUGAUCAAGGUGAUUUAUGUGUAGCUAAACUCUUUCCACCUUCAUCUUCCAAUUCAAAAAGACCUAAUAGUCAUGAAAGUAAUAGUCAACCUAGUUCUGGUUCUUCUCAUCAUCAUUCGAAUGAUAGGAAUGAUAGGAAUGCUAUUAGGUGUGAAGCUUCUAGAAACUUACGAUGGACUAUUAGGAAUGAAGGAAUUCAGAAUCCGGUUUAUAAACUUACUUUACCUAAUCCUGAUAAUCAACAAGUCGAACAACCUUUGUUUCAAGUUAGUAAACCUAAUCCGAAUUCUCCCUGGUGGACUUUAUUUUAUUUUACGUAUGCUGGACAUCUUAUUCCUCCUAAACGGAUUGAAUUUGGUAAGAUUAUGAAACAUCAAGGUGGGUCUGGUGAAACGAGAAUCAGUGUGACUGGAAAAACAGAUGAAGAGAAAGCUGUAUGGAAGACAUUAGGUGAUGGAAAUGAAGAUAUGGUAGAAUGGAUCUUGAUUUGUGCUUCAUUAAAUGUCUUAGAUGAUGAGAUCACCAAAGCAGCCGAAGCAGCUGGUGUGAAGUUGUCUAGAGAUACAGGAUCGAUUCGAUUACCUAACCCACAAUCGGCUCCGAUCCGUCAAUUACAUCCGACUGGAAAUGUCCAAAACCCACCUGGACCCGCUCCAAUCCGACCUGCAAUCUAUCAUGCUGAUAGUCAAAAAGUUAGAACUCCUCCUACGAAUCCAGGACCUAGUCGAGCUCAAUAUCCUGUUGUGUCAUCACCUAGUCCGGCAGGAAGGGGUCCACCUGCACCACCGGUGGGUGGAAGACCUUUUCCUGGACCUCAACCACAUCAUCCACAAUCGAUGGCUAGCUCACAAGGUAGUUCGAGAAGUUCGAAUGAUAGUCAUCGAUUGCCUACCACACCGAAUCGAGGGCCGAAUGAAGGAUCAUACCAUCCUUCUACUUCAAGACCGGUUCCUAAUGGAUCUAGACCGAUUCCAAACGGAACUUCUUCAACACGUGUUCCACCCGGAGGUUCAUACGCUUAUGAUCAACAAGUCUUACAAACUGGUUCCAGAGGUUCUCCACAUGGUUCAUCUGGGUAUGAAAGUAGACCUCAAGUUGGAUUGAGAGCUAUGGCACAAAACCAACUUAGAGCCCCACCAUCAUCAUCACAACCACCACCACAAACUUAUCAACAAACACAACCACAUCCACAUUCACAUUCUCAAACACAACACUUGCAAAACCAUCAUGCUAGUUCUUUGAGAUCUGCAAAUCCGAUGGCUCAAAACGGUAGAGCUCCAAUUCAGGUUCAGUAUGAUCAUACUAGUCCGUUGAGAGUUAGGAAAGUGAAAUGAGAACUUGUGAUUGUGGGAUUUUUUGGUGGGUUUGGUUUCAUGAGGGUUCUUCUUGUGCUUUUGGUUCUGCUGUGGGUCUUGGGCUCAGGUGGGGUUCGUAAUGGAUAUCCUUUUUUUUAUAUUGAAAAAAAUAGUUGGUUUUUUUUUGGUUUUUCUUUUGGUUUCUUUUGGGAAAGGAUUUUUCUUUUGGGAAAGGAAAUCAAAAGAAUAAGAAGAAAAUCAUUUGAAUUUUUUUUUCUUUGGGAACUCUUUACUUCGUUCUUUUUUCUCAUUAUUAUCAUAUCAUCUCUUCCUCUUUUUCAGUUUUCAUAAUUUCUUUGUUAUUUUUUUCUGUUGUCAAUCAAACAAACAAAGAAAAGAAUUAAAGAUGUAAAAGAAGGAAAAGAAGGAAAAACUCAAGUUUGGAUUUUUGUUUUUAACUUUUUUUCUUUUUUUUUCGUUCUUGAUUGAUUCGAUUUGAUUUUGAUUUGAUUUGGUUUUGAUUUUUUUUGAAUAAAGGUUUUUUUGUUUUCUUUUUGUGGUUUGGUUUUAGUUUUUUCCUUUGAGUUUUCUUUGAGUUAUCUCUCUUGGUUUUUUUCAUUUUUUUUUGGAAACCUUUUUGGAUUACUUUUUCAAGAUACCUUUUUUUUUAAAUACCUUUUUUUUACCACCUUUUGUAAUAUUUUGUAAAUGGAAAGAAAGAAAGAAGGAAAGAAAAAGGUUUUUUCAAGGAAGUGUUUUGUUGGAUUGAUUUUCUUUUCUGAUCUUUUGCUUUCUUUUUUUGCAAGACUCUAUUUUGUAAAAUUAAUUGUUGUUUUGAGGGGUUAUAUAAUUUUGUGUUGUGUUGUGAUGUGAUGUGUGAUGUGUUGUGAUGUGUGAUGUGUUGUGUUGUGAUGUGAUGUGAGAUGUUUUUUUGGAUAUAUGAAUAAUAUAAGAAAUAUCAAUAUGGUUUUUUGGUUU